CGUUCUGGAAUCGUCAUAUUUUGCGUGAAAAUAAAGCUUGUUAAACUGCUGCACGAUGAACAACAAGGAUCGAUACAUAAUAAACACCAAUUUGGAAAAGCUUGUGAACAACACCAACUACAAUGCAUUGCGUUCGGAAUGUAUACAACGAAAUAUGCUAUCGCAGACAAUGGCGUCUCGGAUUGAGAGUAUGGCUCAAGAUGAAAUAACCAGACACAAAAAGUUGUUUGAGAAAAUCACCAAACGCGGUCCUAAGGCAUUCGAUACGUUGUUGAACAUUUGUCAGCAGAUGUUUCCCAAAGCGUAUUCUAUACUGAAGCCUUCGUCAAACGACCAUCAAAUGCAUUCCACACACAAUCCGCAGCGUGUACGAUCCGUGAGCUGCAACGUUGCCCCCAAAGCGUACUCAUUCCGCGGUCCGGGUGAUGUUGAGGAUGGCAAAAUGAGCAAUAUCGCGUCUAGCGCACUGGUCGAGGAGAGCAAAUGCAUGCUGGAAGUUUAUCCAGACAUACUGCCAACGACUUUCUCUGUUAAACUUUCCGCCGGGCCAUCAGAAACCCACCCGAAAGUGCUAGCAUAUCCGAUGAAAAGUCGUAAUCGAGGCGUUGCAUUUAUUGUGAAUGUGAUUACGUUUUUGAAAGAUGUGCAUCCCAAACGCAACGGGGCAGAUAUCGAUGGAAGGAACUUGAUUUCCAUAUUCCAGCAACUGGGAUUCAUUGUGUUUUACUACGAGGACAUUACCAUGGCUGAUUUAAAAGAAUUGUUGGUACAGUUGAAAGAUUCAGAACACUUGUCCUGCGAUUGCUUUGCCUUUUACAUUCUCUCGCAUGGUGACCACCGGAAAGGAAGCGACUACAUUUUCCUGCAUGAUAAUUCGAUCCUACGUGUCGAAGAUUUGUUGACUGAGUUCAAUACGGUGAACUGCACCAAAUUGGUACGCAAACCGAAACUGUUCUUCAUUUCUAUUUGCCGCGGGGUUCAAUCCGAUUUAGGAUUAUAUCGUUUAUCAACAAACACGGAGCGCGAUGGUAUGAUUGAUUCGAGAAAACCAUUACCAUCCAAUAUUGCUACUUAUUGCGACAUGCUCGUGUGCUACGCAACUGUGCCUGGGUUUGCCGCCCAUCGUGAUACCAACACCGGGUCGUGGUUUGUCGAAAGUAUGUGCAAAAUCUGGUCAGAACAUGCACACGACACGGACGUAGAGAUCCUAAUGAAGCUGGUAGGUGAAUAUGCGGCCACUUACCGUACAGAGACGGCCGCGUUGCAAACCAUCUGUACGGAACAGCGAGGAUUUUUCAAGCAACUGUACUUAAACCCAGGCUAUUAUGAGCAUCCUUCAGAAUUGUAAUUGUAAGUUAAUUUAUAUGAAGAUG